AUGCUCGUUGUCCUCGUCCCGGUGCCGGCCGCUGCGCAGGGGCUGGGCGGAUUCGGCCUGCCCGACGACAUCGGCGGGCUGACCAGCGCCAACAUCAUCCAGCUGUUCGGCCUGAUCACCGUGCUGGCGAUUGCGCCCGGUCUGUUGAUCAUGGUGACGAGUUUCACGCGCUUCAUCAUCGUGUUUUCGAUCCUGCGCACCGGAUUGGGACUGCAAUCGACACCCGCCAACAUCAUUCUGAUUUCGCUGGCGCUGUUCAUGACCUUCUACGUCAUGGCGCCGACCUUCGACCGCGCCUGGCAGAACGGCCUUCAGCCGCUUCUCAACAAUGAUAUCCAGGAAGAGCAGGCGCUGUCGGAGAUCGUCGCGCCGUUUCGCGACUUCAUGCUGGAGAACACGCGCGACGAGGAUCUCGACCUUUUCACCGGGCUCGCGCGCGAACGCGGUCAGGACGUCGUGGUCAACGGCACGAUCGACAUGCGCGUUCUUAUCCCGGCCUUCAUGAUCUCGGAAAUCCGACGCGGCUUCGAGAUCGGCUUUCUCGUCGUGCUGCCGUUUUUGGUGAUCGAUCUGAUCGUUGCGACCAUCAUCAUGGCGAUGGGCAUGAUGAUGCUCCCGCCCUCGGUCAUUUCUUUGCCGUUCAAGAUCCUGUUUUUCGUCAUGAUCGACGGUUGGAACCUUCUGGUCGGCAGUCUGGUGCGUUCCUUCGUCUGA